UCAAUCAACCCAUCAAUAAAUCAUCAUAUACAGAUAAUGUCGGCCAUUGAAGAGAAGACACCUCAACAGAAGUUGUUCAACUUCUCCUGUCACUGCGGUGACGUAAAGUUCCUCUGCAACUUGGACAGUGAUCUGGGCCAAUCUCAGAGAUGCAAUUGCUCAUCAUGCUUUGCUACUCGUUUAUGGGAGCAUCCAGUUACCGACCCACAAUCAUUCAAGUUGUUGACGCCAGAGUCCAACAUUGGUGACUAUAGACAUGGUUCCAAACAGAUUGGUCACUACUUCUGCAAGACCUGUGGUACCCAGGUGUAUGUCCGUGGUGAGUUCCCAGGCUUUGGUCCAAUCUUCUACGUCAGCAUCACCUGUAUCCAAGGACUCACCCAAGAGCAGUUCGCUGCAAUUCCCAUUCAUUAUGUUGAUGGUGCCGAAGACAACUACAUGGAGCCACCCAUCUUCACCAAGCACCUGUGA